UUUCGGUUGUCAUCAUACCACAAACAACCAAUAAAUAAAACUUUGGAAAAGGAUAUUAUUUUAUCACAUUUAUCACAUUCUUCCAAAUCAAAUUCUCAAUCAGCCAGCUGACUGAUAACAAUUUAAUUGACAAUUCAAAAUCAGUUGGAUCUACAAAAUCCCAGUCACAUCCGCGUCCUUCACCAUUACAAUCGAUCGACUGAAUUGCAAUGUCUCAACAACGAUCAAGUGAUUUCGAUAAAUUGGAUAUUGAUCGUCCACGUUCAACAUCAUCCAUCGCCUUCUUAUCAUCAUCGUCAUUUGACAGAAAAUAUGUAAACUACGAAUCCAUGGAAUUGCAAGCACAAGUUCGACGUCUUGAAUUGGAACGUGAUAACUUAAUUAAUUUAUUACGAUUAAGCAAAAUGCAUCAUCGUGAAGAACUACUAAUUAUGAAGCAAAUUUCAAAAACUAAACUGGAUUUACUGAAAGAAAGUGCACACUAUAAGGAGAGACUUCUUAGAGAUGAGAUUGACGACCUUGAAGCACGGAAUUAUGAACGAAUAAUUGAAAUCAAUCAACGUGCUCAAGCAGAUAUUGAUUCAAUGAAACAGACAAUAACAUUGGAACGUCAAUCAUUACAUGAAAAACUGAAUCAACUCAGUAUUGACAAAAGUCAAUUAGAAGAAACUAGACAAGAAUUAGAAAUUGUGAGACAUGAUCUUAUUCGCGGAGAGGUAUUCUUAGCAGAACGCGAACAAUACUUGGAUGAAAGAGAAAAUGAUUUAAACAAACGUGAUAAAGUAGCAAAUAAAAUAAUCAAACUUUUACACGAAUCUGGAACCCAACAUCAUCGUAUACAUGAUGAACAAAUUGAACUGUUCUCUGAAUUAGAAGCAGAAUAUCACAAGUUGCACACAGCAGAAAAACAACUAUUUCUCGAGAAACGACGAUUAGCACAACAAACGGAAAAUUUGGUUACAUAUAAAUUGGAGGCAGACGACAAUGGUUUACGACAAUCCACAUGUUUACAUUGUCGUAUACCAAUUAGAGAGUGUAGUUCUUUAUAUGAUCUACACCGUGAAUUGGAGAAUGAUGAUGAUAAUACAGUUAACGAACAAACUCGAAAUCAAAUAAACAAUACGAAUGGAAAUAGAAAAGCAAUAAACAACGACGCAUGGACUGAUCUUCCACAGUUGCGAACAUCUCGAAAUCGUGGAUCUUAUCAUCUAGCCCGUCAUGAAGAAACAAAACGAAACAGUUUUUUGAAUAAUUUGAAACAGUAUUUACACAUUCUGAGACUACGUUACAGGAAACACCACAAAACGGGAAUAGUUCACAGCUAGUUAGAUGCAAUAUAAAAUUAAUAUGGUGAAGUGAACAAACUGUUUCUCCUUCAGACUCACUCGCUCUCGCACUCCCCCUCUGCUCUAACUGUAUUUCAUUUCACUUGUCUGUUCACCUAUCGACUUUCAUAGGAGACUCAUUUAUUUCCCUCACUUAUUAUCUCAUGUUUCUAUCUCGGUUUUACCAAAAAUCUAUCUGUUUUUCUCGUUUCAUGUAAAAUUAUGACUGUCACCAUAUACUCACUCUGAAUACAUGUAUAUAUUGAUGAUGCUGAUAAUAACAGUGUUCGUGCGAAU